UACGUGUAUUGACACGCUUAUGUCGCACUUCGAACGACAUGUCCAAAUGAAUCUUCUCAGUUUUCAAGAUCCUCAGGAUUCACGGGCUACUACAGGAAGACUUGCUACAACUAAUCAAGUGCAAGCCUCUUCUUCAACAUCAGACGAUGCGGUCUCGCAGAAAUUAGAUCGACUAACACAGCAUAUGAUGCAGCUUCAGGAGGUGCUAACUCAAUUUGUGACGUUUAGCGUCGACACAGCGUCUAGGAGGCAUACGAAUCAACACACAGAAAGCGUCAUGAGGGAGUCAGUUCCAGUUCCAGGGGUGCUUCGCCGAUCGUUAAACGAAUCACGAAGUCCAGUACUUGCUUCACUGGCACCUGCACAAGCAGUUAAGCUGUUGUCAUCUCAAAUUCCGGAUUUUAAAGGAUCCGAGGACGAAGACGUAUCUCUGUGGAUAGAAAACGUUGAGCAGGUGGCUCGGAUACAUGGGGUCUCAGAAGAUGUCACUCUGUUAGCAGCAACGGUUUGCGCAAUACGGCAACUGCAUUGAAGGCCUCCACUGUCGACCAGUUCCUGAAAGAAAUGCACCGGGUGACGGUAAUGAGUGCGGAUAUGCUGAAAAGGCCGUAUUCUUCAACGAAUAAAUCAGUCAAAGCAAAGACAACGACGGACGCCA